UGUUCUCGAGCCAUGUCCUUCUGGACUUACCAGUCACACCAGGAGCGCACGUACCAGGAGUACAUGUGCAACAAGGCAAAGGAGAGGAGUGUUCAGCUGGAGAAGUACUACGAACAGGUGCUGACCACAACACAGGCAGAGCUGAGCUCUCUGAAGACGCAGAUCUCAGCUAACCGCAAAGAGCUUGAGAGCACCAAGAAGCGGUUUAAUGAGGUGUCCGAGAAGCUGAUGGAGAGGAACAGGCAGCACCAGAAACUUCAGUCCAUGUACGACGCACUGAGAAGGCGAACCAUCACGCCUUCCAGCUUCGACGGGCAGCUGGGAAGAGCGCCCCAAGCGGCGCUCCGGGGGCAUGACAGCAGCUUCAACAUGCCUAUCGCCACAGGACAAGGUAGGGAGAGUAUAGCACAAGGGAAGUUUAAUAUGGGCUUUUCUUCGUUGCUGUAGCUACUAGUACUAGAGUCCUUAUAAAGAAAUCAGAAAAAUCGACUUGUCCCAA